AUGGACUCCCACGCCAAAGACUGGAACGCAACCCAAUACCUCAAGUUCGAGGCUGAACGGACCCGUCCAGCUCGCGACCUCGUUGCGCAGAUCCCCCUGACAUCUCCGGCCAAAGUCCUGGAUUUAGGCUGCGGGCCAGGCAACUCGACCGCCGUACUGGCCACGCAUUUCCCAAACGCACACAUCACGGGCGUCGACUCCUCGCCCGACAUGAUCGCCAAAGCCAGCGCCCGAUUGCCCGGCGUGGAAUUCAAGCUGGGCGACCUCCGCGACUUUGCGCAGCCCGCACCACGACCGCAGUCACAAUCACUCCAAGCCGGGCCGCAAUCGCAGGAGCAGCAGCAGCAGCAGCAGCAACAGCAAGUGGUCUUCUCAAACGCCGUAUUCCAGUGGCUCCCGCACGACUCCCGCAUGCAAAUCCUCGAGGACCUGCUCGCGGCGCUGCAUCCAGGCGACGUAUUCGCAUUCCAAGUCCCCGACAACUUUGACGAGCCCACACAUGUCGCUAUGAGGGAGACGGCCGAUGAGGGCCCCUGGGCCGAGACGCUCAGACCGGUGACCACGUUCCGGCGGUCCUUCCAGUCGCCGAGGGAGCUGUACGAUCGGUUGAGUCCGCUGUGCCGGGACGGCGCGCUGAACGUGUGGCACACGCACUACUACCACGUGCUGGACGACGCAGCGGCGAUCGUCGAGUGGGUCAAGGGCACAGGGCUCCGGCCAUACGUGGACAAGCUGUCGCCGUUGGAGAGGAACGCGUUCCUGAAGGAAUACCUUUCGCGCGUGGAGAGGGCGUACCCGCCGCUUGCGGAUGGGAAGGUCUGUCUGCGGUAUCCGCGCUUGUUCGUGGUGGCUGUGCGGGCGUGA